AUGGAGAAACAGACAAAGUCAACAAGAUUUUGCCUCAUUUGUAACUACGUUAGUAGGUAUGUGCACAGGCUUUUAAUUUGUUGAUUUAUUACAGACAGUGGAACCUUAUUUUUGGGCCAUUUCUGUCUAAAAAAACAAAUGUAAAAUUAAUAUUGUAAUUUGUUUGUCUACGAAGCACUUAAGAGUUCUUAAACACUUGUUUAAACGUGUCUAGGCAUUUCUGAUCGCAUUGGAACUUUGAAGUGAGGAAAGGGAAAAACCCAAGUACCUGGGAUUCAGGCAAGCAAUGAGAUUGCAAACGAAGCUCUGUGGCUGGAAAGCCUUUCCAUUUGAUUGGGAAUGUUUGUGGAUGGAAAGUGCCCUUGGUGUCAGGUUUGAGAAUUGCCACAGAAAGCGUCUAGCAGUCUUUUGGUCCAAAAUGGGAGUACAUUGACAAAACUGGAGUUGUUGACCAUCUCAUCAGACAAACUGAACAUGUUGUGGCCCAGUUUUACCCUUGGUUCAAACAUGUAUUACUUGUUCUUUUCUUGACGCUUGUCAUACAUUACCAUGACCCAAAACAAGUCAAGCUCAAAUUUGGAACCAAAACAUACACUCCUACCAGUGUCCUGCAAGCAUUUUGUGACCUUCUAUCAGCUUUGCUCUCAUGUUGCUUUCUCUCUUCUCUCCACCACCCCACUUGAUACUUCUCUCAACCUUAACUAAUCCAAUUUUUAUAUUUAACUUAAAAAUCUCAUCCUAUAAUCCCAUUUUUUUUUUCUUCUUCACAGAAUUAUUGAACCCUUGACUUCCCGUUGUUCUAAGUUUCGUUUUAAGCCUCUGUCUACAGAAACACUCGAGAAAAGGCUAAACAUGAUCUGUAAAGAAGAAAAUGUGAAUUGUGAUAACAAGGUAUGGAAAGAUGGUCUGUUCUGAAAAUGGUUGAAAAUAAGUACGGGUGUUUCAACAAUUCAGCCACUCAAAUUAGAAGGUUACAUUUUGAUUUAAGUUCAUGUAGUUUUAUUUUAUUUUUAUACAGGCAAUUCAUGAACUGAUAAAAAUUUCAGAAGGAGACAUGCGGAAGGUGUGUAAGACUAGAGAUAGUAGAUUAGUUGGGAUCAGUUUUUUUUAAAUUGGUAAUAUUAUUGUUGUUGAAACCUUCAUUUUCUUGAGAAGUACAUAAAUAAGUUAUUGCAACAAAUGACCUACAGCCUUGUCCCUGGGACCAGUAUCAUAUUAUUCAUGUCCCUCCUUUGUUCAAAUGCACACAUGUCUUGGAAUUAAAAUUUUCCAAGGGGAUUUUUGAGGCGCCUAUUUUUUAUAUAUAAUGGGUGAAAUUUGCAAUUCAGUUUUGGCUUUGGAGGGAACUUUGUGUCAGCACUAAUUUUUUUUACUGUCAGAUCAUUGUUUAUGUUGUAGGUCAUACCUUAGUUGAAGAAAAGGGAGGGGGGGAGCUUAUUGUGCAGAACUGAUUCUUCCUCAACCUCAACCAUUUUCUAAUCCAAUUGAUUGGAUGUACCAGCCUCUACACGUUUGUUCCUGGCUUCCUAUCGUUACGCUUCUUUUUUAUUAUCAUGAUUUUGUAUUUUUUUGAAGGCCAUAACAUACUUACAGAGUGCUUACAGACUGAAAGGAGAGGACAUUAUUGAGGCUCGUGACAUCACUGAAAUAGCUGGGGUAUGAUACUACAGUUGUCAAUAUUAUUGAGACCCUCUUAGAGGGGGGGUGGGGGUAUGUAUGUCCCUAAUCUGAAUUUCAAAUUUGGUUGUUUCCAUUUUGAGGAGCAGGCCAUGUCCCUGUUGGUAUUUAACCCAUCUUUAUGUUGUUUGUCGCCAUUUCAUCUAUUCCUUUGUCACAGUUUUAAGGCCAUUAAUUAUUUUUUUAGCCUAACAGGGCCUCAUUAUUACAUUAUUUUAGAACUACACAACCCAGAGUUCAGUUAUUUUUUAAUCUGCUCAUGGGCACACAAGGAAAGUUAAUUGGUAGAGGUGUGCAGCUGAGGCCUUCACAGUCUGGCCCUGCUUAAGAUUACAGACCUUAUUUUACGACCCUGAUUCAUUUCGUUUUGAAUACAGAAUUGAGUAAUUUUUCAAACUAAAAACGUGGAAUUAGAUUUUGUGAACAAAAUUGUUGGUACCAUGAAUGUAGACCUCUUGUUGCCAACCUUCACACUCUUUGAAGGUUACUGGUCUAGAAAGACACGUUAUUCNACCAUGAAUUUAGACUCUUGUGUCCCAACCUUCACUCUCUUUUAAGGUUAAUGGUUUAGAAAGACAAGUUAUUCAAGACGAUAAAUGGGGAAAUUGUAUACCCUGAAAAGGAUUAACCCUGUUCAGCGGAACAUGCCUGUUAAGGGCAAUAAUUGAUCGCCCCCCCCCCCAAAAAAAAAAAAAACCGGAGUCAUUUCCACUAUAACCACUAUCCAGAGUUGUUUAACAGUAGAAGGACUUCAAAUCUCUGAUGCCAUUGUCUGAAGCUUCUUGCUGACACUUUUGCUCAUCCAAUGAACUUUCAGGUUGUUCCUGAUGAUAUGGCUGACAAACUUUUUGCAGCCUGUGGUUCUGAUUCUUUCGAAAAGCUGGACUCCACAGUGAAAGUGAGUAUUGUUAUGAUUGUUGUGCUGCAUCAUGCCUGUCUUCUUUUGUGUUUGCAAAGAAGCAAGAGAGAUGGGAGCAGUCCAAGAAUGUUCAUUAGUAGGGUUCAAACUUGUACUUGCUGUUGAAACUGUCAACAACCUUAGGCAUGCAUAGUGCAUUACGUUAAGCACAUGUUUUCAACUGGAGAGCUUAUGUUGACCUGUAUUCUUAGACAGUUGGAAGAGUGUUAAAAACAAAGUGUUCUGGGCCUUAAAAGUAUCUUUACAGAUAAUUGUUGCACUUCCUUAAUGUUUUCCUUAUAAAAAAGGCCCUUACAAUGUAAGUGUGAAACUUGAUUGGUAACAAUAAUAGUCAGCUUCAAGAAAGUUGUCAGAAAUUACUUAGGCCCGGUUUAGACGCCGCUCCACUCAUGUGCCGAACCUAACUGAUGAAUUAAGUACAGCAAAAGAGCGGUGUCUGAAUCAAUUUGGUGCGGCAGUUUUAGUUUGGUGCAGCAAAAGCGUAGAAUUCAACAGAGUCUGUCGAACUUUUGUCGAACUUAACUUAGGCUCGACACAGGGUGCGCCGUCUGAAUCAGAUGUCGCGCAAGUGUCGCUCCAAAGACGAACUUAUUCAAUUAGGUUCGGCACAUGAAAAGUACGGCGUCUGAACCAGGCCUUAACGAUGAUACCAAUGAUCUUCCACCAUCUUGAACAUUGAAACUGACAGAGAGUUGGAGCGAGUCUAAAGCCUUAUGGCUGCCUGGGCUGCAGGCUAGUAAUUACUAUGAGAAUUAAUAUUUUUGUCCAGAUUGGGUGUGUUGUGGGAAACCCUGGACUCUCACCAUGGUUCUGCCACUCAAUGCCAUGGACCAAUCCCCUAACUACUAUGCAUUAUGCUGACAUUCAAGCUUACUGUUCACAUGUUAAAAUGUAUUGUAAGAGGGCACGUCUGUUGUCCUCCCAUACACGACUCUUCAUUCUUUCAUUCAGUGGGGCAGCAUGAGCAAGAUGAUUAAAUGUUAUAGCAAUUUGGAAACAAACCGUUUUCUUGGCUCAGCUACUAAGAUAUGUUCUCUUGAAAUCAUAUCAACAGGAAAUCAUUGCCGAAGGACACGCUGCAGCUCAAAUAAUAAAUCAGGUAUAGCAUGGCCUAGAAUAAAUUAUUAUUUUAACUGUGUAUAUUUCAUUGAAUAAGAAAAUUAAAAACGUGGUUAUUAAAUUAUCCUUUUUGCAUGCGGCUGACCUAGAGUUUUUUCUCCGCCCAAAUAAUACCUCUUGUUACUACAAAUGUAUAUUUAUGAGUAAGACACAGAUUUGAUGGAACCUAAACCCAUAUAUAUGUGCUUAUUUUAGGCAUCUCACUAAUGAACAGUUAUAUUCAGAUUUUCCAGCAACAGCAAUUGUGGCCUCAGUGUCCCUUUCAAAUUUAUUGAGUUUUUUGUGGUAGUUGUCUAAAGAAUUUCUUAUGUCCUCCAUUUCUAAACAGACAAUUAUCUUAGUGUUUGUUUGUUUGUUUUUGUUUUUAGGUUCAUGACAGAAUUGUUGAAAUGAGCGAAUUGAAUGACCAUCAAAAAUCUGCGAUAUUGGAAAAAUUAGCUGUAAGAUAUUGACUUGUACUUUGCUUAAAUCUCUUUUCUGCACAAGAAGCAAAUACAAGUGAACAUUAAUCCUUUAAACCCCAAUAUCCAAAUACAAAUUCUUUAGACUGAUUCCAUACUUUUCCUUAGAGAAUUGAUUAAGACAAUUUGUUUGUAGAUGAUAGCUCUGCCCAUCAUCAAUGGUGUUUUUUUUCCCAUAUUAUAAUCACGAUUUUUGCCAAAUUCGCCUUUUUCGCCAAAUUCACCAUAUUCGUCAAAAUCGCCAUUUUCUAAGGGGCCCCCUUUGCCACUUCAUUUGAAUUUUUCCCCAAUUUUGGGGAAAACUUGGCCAUAUUCGUCGAAAUCGCCAUUUGCCAUGGGGCCCCUUUGCCAUCUCAUUUGAUUUUUUGCUAUGAGUUUAAAAUUAGCUAAAACUUUAAUUUGGCAAUUUUUUUUCCAGAUUCGACAGAGUUUCUUCAAAAUUGCCCCUUUUACCACCGCAUUUGAAUAUUCACCAAAGUUUCACGAAUUUUCGCCAAAUGUGCCAUUUUCGCACACAGCGUGCAGUUCUGGACAUAUCCUUAAGCCAAGCAAACACAGACCAUGCUUUGCUGUUCGGCAACUGUCGCUUCAACAAUCAACUGGCAGGUUGAUGUCUCUCUGUUCUUUUUGUUUUUUGGUUUUUUUUAGAUUGUCGACAAAUGUCUGUGCGACGGUGCGGAUGAGUACUUGCAAGUGCUUAGCCUGUGCUCAGUUAUGAUGCAACAAUUCUGUCAUGCCGGACAAACAUGA